AAGAAUUACCACUUUCACCUUUAAGUAUUAAUAAUGAAAAAGAUUUAAAUCCACCUAUAUCUCAAAAUCCUAAUAAACGGAUAAGAAAAAAAAAUUCAGAUAGAGUUUUAAAAAAAAUUAAAACUCUUGAAAAAACUGAUAAAUAUAAAAGCUGGGUUUGGACUUGGUUUAAUCCAGUAUUAUUAGAUAAUGGAAAAACUGGUGCAGAAUGUUUAGUAAAAAUAACAGAUGAAAAGAUUUGUGGUCGACUUUAUUCAAAUGGUAAUUCAACAGGUAAUCUUAUUGUUCAUCUUUCUGGAAAUCAUCAAAUAACAGAAGAAUUAAAAAUAGAAGAAAAAUCGAUUCAAACUACAAUUACAAAAAUGAUUGCUCGUCCACAUAAAAAUUCAAAAUAA